AUGUCGGCAAGACCAGAAUCGCAGCCAGCCGGCACGACGAAGAAGUUCGGAAAGGGCGAGCGUCAGGUGCCGCACCACAGCGCCCAGGCCCAGAAAUGGUAUCCCGCCGAGGAUGAGAGCCAGCCGAAGAAGGUCCGCAAGACCCAGCACCCGACGAAGCUCCGUCCCUCGCUGCAGCCCGGCACCGUCCUGAUCCUUCUCGCUGGCCGUUUCCGGGGCAAGCGCGUUGUUCUCCUCAAGCACCUCUCCCAGGGUGUGCUUCUUGUCACUGGUCCCUUCAAGGUCAACGGUGUCCCUCUCCGGAGAGUGAACGCCAGAUACGUGAACGCCACCAGCGCCAAGGUUGACCUUUCCGGCAUUGACAAGGAGGUCGUCGAGAAGGUCGGCAAGGACGGCUACUUCACCGAGGGCAAGGCCGAGAACAAGAAGUCCGAGGAGGCUUUCUUCAAGCAGGGCGAGAAGUUCCAGAAGAAGGCUUCCAGCACCCGUGUCGAGGACCAGAAGGCCAUCGACAAGGCUCUCCUGGCCACCAUCAAGAAGGAGCCCUACCUUAUUCAGUACCUGGCCAGCACCUUCAGCCUGCGCAAGGGUGACCGACCGCACGAGAUGGUUUGGUAA